CACGAGUAGAAAGUUGUUGUAUGCAUCCUCGCGCUUCUCGAAUCGACGUUUCUGUAUUUCUUUUAUAAAUGCGGAUCAUCCGUUUGUCAGCCGGUGUUGCUAACAGUGUUCGUUUGCGAUGCAUUUGAAACGUGUGUUCGCGUUCUCGUGGCAAUGCGACGAUGGUGAACAACGAGGUUAUCUCGAGAAAUAGGUUGAGGUUAUGUCGGAGCUCUUUUGAUAUCGCUCGGAAAUAAUACUCUAUUCUUGGAAAGAGAAAAUGAGCAAACUAUGGAAUUACUUAAUAUUCCAAGGAUGGAUGUCGUACUUAAUGACGGUCGGCUUGCUGAUCUUCACCAGCGGUUUCCUGCUGAACCGCGUUGCCAGGCCGGAGCGCGCCGGAUGCAAAUAUUGCACCGGUCCAGACUGUGACUUCGAACAGCUUCUUAAAAAUCCAGACCUCGCGGCCCGCUCGUGUCUCGAAAGGAAGACGCGAGUCGUCUUACUGGUCGUCGACGCGUUGAAAUACGAUUUCGCGCGCUGGUACAAUGACACCGGCUCUACCUCAUCUUACUAUCGCAACAAGCUCGUGACGAUUCACGAAUUGCUUCAAAAUCGACCGGCGAACUCGCGAUUAUACAAAUUCAUAGCCGAUCCCCCAACGACGACCAUGCAAAGAUUGAAGGGACUCACCACGGGAUCGUUGCCUACGUUCAUCGACAUCGGAUCUAAUUUCGCCUCAGAGAGCAUUGACGAAGACAACAUCGUCGAUCAGAACACUGCAGGUGGUAUCGUCUUUAUGGGCGAUGAUACUUGGACUAAUCUGUUCCCUGGCAAAUUCAAACGCCAGUUCCCAUCGCCGUCGUUUAACGUUUGGGACUUGGACACUGUCGACAAAGACGUCAGAUACCGCAUAUUUUUCGAGAUGAAGAAAAAAGAUUGGUCCCUUCUCAUAGCCCACGUUCUCGGAGUCGAUCACUGUGGACACAAGCACGGUGCUAAUCACCCCGAGAUGACUAGGAAAUUAAACGACACGGACGCUCUUAUAAGAGAAAUCGUAGAAUCUCUGGAAGAGAACACGGUGCUCUUCGUCGUCGGUGACCACGGGAUGACGGACAGCGGAGAUCACGGUGGCGACAGCAGCCACGAAGUAGAAGCUGCUAUGUUCGUCUAUUCUACGGUACCUCUUGUCAAUUACGAUUCACUGGAGGACACCGUGAAUCAGAUAGAUCUCGUUCCCACACUAUCAUCGAUUCUCAGAACACCGAUACCGUUUUCUAACUUGGGAUCCGUUGUACUCGGUUCGCUUCCAAGUAUAACGAAAAGUGGAAGAAUAGAAGAUAAUCUAUGGUACUUAGCGUUCUCUGUAUGGAGAAACAUCGCGCAGACCAAGAAGUAUAUAGACGUAUAUUCUACUGACAGUUAUUUAUUUUCUAACGAACAACUUGAAAAUGUGGAGAACAUGUACAAUCGUCUCUCGAAGCAGAUUAGAACUGUAAGAACUGUCGAAGAGUUCGAGUCUUUUAUUAAAAACAGUAAGAACUACUUCAAAUUGCUGAAAGACACGUGCACAGAAGUUUGGGUUCAGUUCGAUUCCAGCCUGAUGUCGCAAGGCCUGCUCCUCAUGUUUUGCACUUUGUUCUUCUUUUACCUAUUCAUCACGGGCAUCCCUGAAGAUCGGAUGUCGAAGAUAUUUCAAUCAUCGUUUUUGCAAUGUUCCGUGGUGGUAAAUUUCGUUACUGUAUUAAUAGUACUCCUUUGCUUUUCCUUCGGCUUCUUGGAGGAAGUAAAGAACAACGUAUUCCUUGCUACCGGCGCCGAGUCCGUGACACUGUUAGUAUCGUUGAUCGGUAUACACUGGGACGCGAUUUCGAUGCGAUGGUACGUCGGCUGGUAUUAUAAGAAGAUAAAAAAACUAUCCUACGUUUCGAGGGUGAUACUCCUCUUAACGAUAUGCAGCCUCUUCUCUAACAGCUACAUCGUCGAAGAGAGUAGCGUGCUAUCUUUUCUCCUGGUCACGAUUAUCUCGUUACUCAUGUACAAUUUGAUGAAAGAGAAUACCAACGAAAGUUCCGAGAGGAAAACGAAGCCGUUCUUAAAGCCACAAGCGAAGUCAAAUUUGAAAAUGAUCGUCCUAAUCGCUGGUUUGGUAGCUUGCGUUUCCAUACGACUGUCACACUACUUUUGGCGUUGUCGAGAGGAACAGCAACGCGAAUGUUCUACUUUCGUGAUCGGCAAAGUGGGCUCCAUAAUGUCAGACAACUUGGAACGAAUUUUUCUAGCUAUUACGCUGAUUGUAUUGGCGUUGUACAUCACGGUAGUAAGACUAUGGCUACAGAACUGUGGCAAUCUGUCCGGUUUCUCGCCAAGCGUUUUAAUAGGACAGUAUUGUCCCGUCGUAAUCGGUGUUUGUAUGGGCUGUUACUGGGUUCUUCAGAAACUACCGAAAUUCGUCAAGAUGAAAUUCGCACUGUCCUGGCAAGUGAGCACGUUGCCGAACAUAAUCUACGCAUUGAGCGUACUCGCAAUUCUUGUUCUGUACUAUCGGCCGCUCAAUGUGUUCUUGCUACCAAAGAAGAAAGAGUCCAUCAAUGCGUACCAGGAUGAAAACGUGGUACCUCGGUUAUUCGAGAAGAUAAAGAAGUCGAUUUACAGAAAGAACGUAGAGGUGGACGAUACUCCGAUCGUCUACGGCUUGGGUACAGCCUAUAGCGCCGCAUUCAUUUCCUUAAGCGUGUUCCUUAUGUUAUUGUACUCGUUAUUAUUGGGAGAUGUCCUAUCGCCCAGCACUUUUUUGAUGUUCCUGUCUUGCGCCUCUGUUCUGGGUCUGUCGGCAGUAGAGAGAUACAAGAAUGCUAAUAGCAUAUCUGAACUGGUCGAAGUAUCGACCCCCGUCUUACUGUGCUGGUUCCUAACAGCGGAGUACUUCUUUUACGGAACCGGGCAUCAACCAACUUUUCCCACUAUUCAUUGGGACGCGGCGUUUGUAGGGACAGGCGGACACUUUUACGGAAGUUUAAUUCCAGCGAUCUUAAUAGGAAUAAAUACGUUCGGAUCGCAUAUCAUAUUGGGCUCGACAUUGCCGUUAUUAGUGAUCGCUCCGUUCACCUUCUACCUCGUGUUUCCGAAGUUAGCCAAAGUUAAAUUUGCGGACGAUGACAUGAAACGGGGAGAGCUUCUCUUGUUCCAAAAGAAUUCUGUGUUCCAUGCCGCGGUUUUCUCCGUGGCAGGGAAAUACACGCUACUUCAUGCGAUCAGGACGUUCGGCAGCAUGCUUACUGCGACGAUUCACUGCCGGCAUUUAAUGGUCUGGAAGAUCUUCGCGCCAAAGUUAAUAUUCGAGGGUCUGGGAUUAUUAGUGACGCUGGGUAGUGUCCUGGCAUCGUUUUACAUGGUGUUCAGAAUUGAUCAGCAAAUGGAACAUCUUAUAACCAAAGUGACAAAGGGCAGGUGAUAACGAUACGAUUCGUACAGACGGUAAUUAUUAAUCAAAUCAUGUGUUGAACGUCGAACACUUACCGAUACUGCCGUGUCCAUAAUUUUGUGUGAGUUUAUACGAGAGACAGUUCGAACAUAGAACUAAAUCGAUCUUUCUCCCCUCGAAGACCAAGCGGUAUUAUUAAAUUCUGGUGCUUCCUAACACACUAACGCUACCCUGCGCGCAAUGCAUUGCUGAUUAUACUGAGACCAAGCAACGCACUUGAUGCAGGAUUGCGUCCAUGUGCGCUGAUGACCGGCUCCGGUGGCACGUAUUCGUUUCAUUCUCAUCCCAUUUCACGAAAUUGUUGUUUCACAUACGACUUGUAUUUUGCCAAACA